AUGAGCUCUUUAAAAUGUGUAUCUACGAGAGUGGCAGCAUUUAUUUUGUACCUAGUACCGUUGAUUUACUCAUUCUUAGUCAUAGUUUUUGGGUUCAUUGAGUGUAAACAAAGGAAUACUUAUAAUUUACUAGUACUGUCAGUAUUUUAUGGCAUAGUAAUCAUUAUAAUAUGUUUAGUUGGGUGCUACGGGGUAAUAAAAGAACAUGCUGUGUCAAUAAGAUCUACAAUAAUUCUAUUAAUUGUGAAUAACAUUAUUAUGACCAUGUUAAUAACAUUUCUGUUAAUAGAUAUUUUAAAUUACCCUCAUAUUGUUACUAUUCAUCAAGCUUCUAAAUUCUUACAGUAUAUAGUACAAGAUAAAAAGGUAGGACUAAUUUUUUGUUCUUCAGUUUACUUGUUAAUAUUUUUUUCUUUUUGUUUUAUGUGGACUAUUGGAGAUUACUUAGCUCAGUUAGAUGCCAAGGUGUGUUUAGAUGAUUUGAGGCACUCACAUGACCAUAUUAAGAGCAAAAAAAAAUUAAAUUCAGGAAAAUUAAUGGGUGACGAGAACGAGUUUUUGUUAAAGGUGUAG